ACGAACGAAAAAGAGCUUGAAUCAUUGUCUCUUAGCCAGAUAGUCAAAGAAGAACGCAAAGUCGAGGGUUACGAGUUUCCGGUAAACAAAUCGCCGCACACCGGAUGUUAGGUUAAGUUCUUCCGACGUUGUGCAGCAAAACCGUCAAGAUGUCUCUCGUCAUACCAGAGAAAUUCCAGCACAUCCUUCGUAUUAUGGGUACGAACAUUGAUGGAAAGAUCAAAGUCAUGUUUGCGAUGACGGCCAUCAAGGGUGUGGGGCGCCGUUAUGCCAAUAUUGUACUCAAGAAGGCUGAUGUUGACCUUAACAAGAGAGCUGGAGAGUGCUCUGAAGAAGAGGUUGAGAAGAUAGUUACAAUCAUGUCUAACCCUAGACAAUACAAGAUUCCUGACUGGUUCCUGAACAGACAAAAAGAUAUUGUUGAUGGUAAAUACAACCAGCUCACUUCCUCAAAUCUUGACUCCAAACUUCGUGAUGACCUUGAGAGGCUCAAAAAGAUCCGUGCCCACAGAGGCAUGCGUCACUACUGGGGCCUCCGUGUCCGUGGUCAGCAUACCAAGACAACAGGUCGCCGAGGAAGGACCGUGGGUGUGUCCAAGAAGAAGUAAAGGAUAAUUGGCAAACUUUUUCCAUGGUUAUUUACUGUAAUAAAGAUUGUCGAUAUCUCCA